AUGACAAUUGCUUUUUUCCCUUUGGGAAUGGGACCGAGAUAAGGCUGACUCACACUCCAACACAGUAGGUGGCGGUAAUGCAGCUUAACGUUGGUUGCCACCCGCCCAAAAGAAACAAAAAGAAGAAGAGAAAGAAUUGAAAUCUGAACAUUUAGAAUCGCUAGUUAGCGCGUUUGUCAAUGAUCCGCAUGCGAAUGUCCAACAAUGGCCGGAGCUGAGCCUGCAUCCCUGAAGGAGACAUGUUUACAGGCUGUCAGGAAGCACUUUGCUGCUCUGGACACGGAGCAUGUGCUCGAUCUGCCAGCGGCUCUCAUGGAGGAGCUGCUUCCUCAGCUGACUGUAUGUCAACUGGAUGAGCUGCAGCCGGGGCUCAAUCAGAGAGGGAUAUCAACUCACUGUGGUUGGGCUGGGAUUCUUAAGGACAUGCAUGGACCUAACUAUGCAGUAGACUUGCUCACUGAAGAGGGGGCCAAACAUGAAGUCAUGAGGAUGCUUUUUCCACCCCUAUUUUACGGCCUCACAAACCACUUUGUCGAAAAAAACAUCACAAAUUUAAACACAUCGUCCUUCAUGUUGGCGGCAGCUAAAUGUAUCAAACAUUUUUUACUCUAUGCAAGCUCCCACAAACCCCUUCAAAGUUUAAUUGCUGAGCGGCAGCCUCUUCUGAACCUUCUGGAGAAGCAGAUCAGGAGUGUUGGAGUGUUGCAGUCCAUCGAUCUUUUAAAGAGGAAGACACAAGCAGCGUUGUACGUUCUCCAUCGACUGCUAGACCACGGUGUGACCAAAAAAAUAGUUGUAGAUGUGCAGUGUCCCAUCGUGCUGGCCUGGCUCCUCCAUGGAAGGGGAUCCCAGUAUGAAAAUCCAGAGUUGAAGAGCCUCAUGCUCAGCAAGAAGGGAAGCUUCGUUUUACAAGCUGCUUCAGCCAGUGCAGAUGGGGCCAGUUGCAGUGCAGGUCUUGAGACCAGGGCUUCAGAAGAUGAAGAUGAUCCAGUCAUCCCAUGCAAACGCUCCAAGAUGGAUUUUGUGUCAUCGGAGGAAGAAUCUGGAAAAGCAGAUUUCCCUGUAGGUCCAAAGGUUCUCUGUGGACCCUUCUCCCAAUGUGAUUAUCCCUCGGAAGGGGCUUGUCCACGGGGACAGAUCGAAUGUCUGGAGGUCAGGCAGUGUGGGUCUGUCUCUCUGAGAGUGCUGAGGAAAAGUCUGCCCACAUUUUUCUGCCUUCGCUCUCUAACUCUUCACAGCUUUGCCACCUUCAGGGACUCGGAUGUGUUGGACCUGGCCAGAGGCCUGAAGCAGCUGUCUGAGAGCUCCCGCUGCUCCCUCACUUAUCUCAAUAUCGGCAUCCUGCCAUACACCAAGCUCAUGGAGAUCCUGCUGGAUGCCGUCCCCAAGGUGACGUCCCUGCAUGUGGAGAUCCUUCAUAUGAUGUGGGGACCACAUCAUCAUCAGACUGCCAAGUCAGACGUGUCAGAGCUGCCCCUGCAGAAGCUGACAGUCAAAGUAACUGAGCUCCAGACAGAUCUGCACUUCAUCACAUCGGUGCUGAGACGCUCUCCUCAUCUCACCUCACUUCACUUAGCUGGGAUGAAUUUACCAACGGGCUCCUCUCUGAGCCAGCUCCUCAUCACUCUUUCAGAGUCCAAUCCCUGCCUGAGGAGUCUGAACUUGGAAGACUUGAAUCUGUCCGAUUGUCUCCCUGACAUCCUCAAUCUACUGAGGAACUGUCAGUUGGAAGAGCUGUGGUGUAAUGAUUGCCGCCUUCUUGAGAAGUGCAGUGACAAGGAGGAGGCUUUGCAGCAGUUGGUGUCUGCUCUGAGGACAGUGCCUUCUCUUCACACUCUGAGCCUUGCUCAGAAUCGACUUAGAGGCUGUACACUGAUGCUGCUGCGUGUCUCUACAGCCAAGAAUGUGUGCGUGCUGUCCGAGCUGUUCUCAGGAUCCUCCCCCAGCUCAGUGAAGCGACUCAACAUCAGCUACAACUUCAUUCAGCCGGCGGAGCUGCUGGAGUUUGCUCAAAGACUGAGGACACAUCGCCCCCCACAGCGACUGACUCUGGACCUCAGGAUGAACCCUGGGGAUCGAGACCCUGACACCUGGAACGCUGCUCUGAACCUGCUCCGUCCACUCUGCGUGCUGCUGCUGGAAAGGUGGAAGUCCACAGACACGAUGGUCGACCACAUCAGCAACAUGUGAACUAAUAUGACUGUAAACAGUCAGUAUUGUUUGUACAGGUUUUCAUUUUGUCUGUGGUCAGUUUGACUUCAAUACAAGACUUCAAGACAA